AUGUCUUUAAGGUGCCCCAAGCGGGCUAACCUGGACCACUUCUCAGCAAAACUGCUAUGGAAGUGGAAGACGUGUGCAUUUUGUUCAAUCGAUUUAUCCCAAGUACAAGAACCGGACGAAAUCGACCUUACCAAUACUGACGACUUCGAAACUCCAACGGCUACGAUUUCAUCACGUACACGACUUUCCAAUACUACAACCAACCCGAUCGAACAAGCACUUUAUAUACCAGAUACACAGCCAGACAAUAGUCUCCUUACUGCUCUUAUUAAGGGCUCAGAGGAGCGUACAGCUAGUAUCCAGCAAACCCAGAAGAAACCAGUUCCGAACCCAACUGUGGAUAUUAUUAUUCACCUAUGGCUUGCAUCUUUCUAUGUUACGGAUAUAGAUGGAAUCUCUAUUCGAACAUACACUCGGGUUCAGUCUGUUAAAAAGUUUAUUGGGAAGUCACAGUUCUUGUUAACUUCUAAGUUUACUUCACAUACAGAUAUGAUAAGUAAGGUCUUAGUAAAGUUUACGUCUGAGAAGCAAUUCCUUGACCGAAACUGGAAGGCAAUGCCCGUUACUCCAAAGAAUCUUACGGAUAUGCAUGAGUUUCGUGGGGUAGCGUACGAGGCUGAAGACCUUUUUACCUUUCUUCGCGAAGCCUCAAUUACCCCUGACAAAGACGUUUACACUAUCGCACUUGUUUCCGAAAGUCAAGUAGAUCCGCUUGUUACUGAACCACAAGUAUCAAAGAAGUUACGACUGAAACAACAUACGCUUGACAUGGUAACAACUAGUACAAUACCUUUACCUACUGUCAAUAUGUUUACGAAAGCGCCUACGCCUAAACCUCCAACUCGAAUUCAAACUCGAACCGAACGAAAGCCUUCUCUUAAGGCACAAGAAGUAAUAAAGCAGGAGAGAGAAGGAAUAAAGUCACGCAAGCAUACGCACUCGCAAGUUGAGCAGCAGGGCCAUACAGACGUUAUUCAGGAGGAUAUAACUCUUAAGGGGGGUAGCCAGGAAGAUAAGGAAGAGGACGAAAUAGUAGUACGACAAGAGGAAACAAUCGUUUAG